AUGGCAGACAACCUGAAUAUAUAUCUCUUUGGAGAUCAGACGUUUGACGUAGAGCCUCAUUUCUCUGGUCUACUAGAGGCUAGGGACAAUCUGUUCUUGCACACACUCCUUCGUGGCGCAUACAAUGCCAUUCGGGCCGAGAUAUAUACAUUACCACCAGAGGUCCGAAAUGAAUUGCCGCGAUUUACCUGUCUCGAGGAUUUGGCAUCGUGGAAACACAGCGGGACUGGCAAGCGAUGUCUCGCCCUAGACAUGGCAAUCACUACGCUAUGGCAAUUAGGGACCUUCAUUCUACAAGCAGAAGCAUGCUAUAGAACCCCAAACUGCUCGGUGGUCGUUGGAUUAUGCACUGGAACUUUUGCUGCUGCGGCAGUAAGCUGUAGUAAGAACACAACGGAAUUGAUUCCGUUGGCCAUUGAAGCAGUCAUCGCAUCUUUUAAGACCGGUGUGCUUGUACAGGACAUUGCUCAAAGACUUGCUCCUUCACAGGAUCUCGACCAGAGCUGGGCCAUUCUCAUAGAGGGUGCAGCAUCGGCUUCGCUCAUAAGAAACUUCAAUGAUGAAAUUUCUAUUCCAUCGAUCAACAAGCCGUACAUCAGCGCCUACGCUCCAAAUGCUGUGACCGUGAGCGGGCCACCCGAUUCUAUUUCCAGACUGGUCAGUUUUGGAGCCUUCAAAGACUUGACGAAGAAGACCAUACCCAUAUCAGGACCGUAUCACGCUACCCACCUCUACUCAAAUAAUGACCUUAACUCGAUUGUCUCAGGUUUAUCGGAAAGAGCAGACAGCGGGAGGCAUGAAUCGAUACCAUUCUUGUCCACACACAAGAUUGGGUCAGAAGUCAGGACGUUUGCAUCGCUUCUGAGGGAAGCGACUGCUGAGGUGCUCCUGCGCCCGCUUGUAUGGGCUGAUAUUCUUGAACGAUUCGAAAACGUCUUACGCAAUAAAGCCCCGCAACGACUUAGUGUUGUUCCUUUUGGAUCGACUGCGCAUCACCUUUUCUUCAACGUAGCAAAGAAGAUUAACUCGAAUAUUUUGAUAAACUCUUCGCAGCAUGCCAAUGGGCAAUCUGGAUUCGCCCCGACGAUUAGCACCGGCCUCAAGAAACCUAAGUUAGCCAUUGUAGGGAUGUCAGGACGCUUCCCAGACGCGAAGAACACCGAUGAAUUCUGGGAUAUACUUCGACAAGGUUUAGAUGUGCACAAGGUUGUGCCACCCCAGCACUGGGAUGUACGCACCCACGUCGAUACUAGUGUAAACCCUCGCAAGAACACAAGUGCCACGCCUUUCGGUUGCUGGCUGAAGGACCCGGAAGAGUUUGACGCGCGGUUCUUCAACAUAUCACCGAAGGAGGCUGCCCAGAUCGACCCGGCGCAGCGACUCGCUCUGAUGACCGCUUACGAAGCUAUCGAGCGCGCUGGUAUAGUCCCAGAUGCAACUCCAUCUACUAGACCGGACCGAGUCGGCGUUUUCUAUGGCGUUACCAGCAAUGACUGGAUGGAAACGAAUAGUGCUCAGGACAUUGAUGCGCACAUGAUCCCUGGUGGCAAUCGUGCAUUCAUCCCAGGCAGAAUUAAUUAUUUCUUCAAGUUUAGCGGGCCUAGUUAUGCCAUCGACACAGCUUGCUCAUCUAGUCUGGCAGGUAUCCACCUUGCAUGCAACUCCCUAUGGUGUGGCGACAUCGACACUGCUAUAGCUGGAGGUACCAAUGUAAUCACCAAUCCAGACUUCACUGCUGGGCUCGACCGUGGCCAUUUCCUCUCUCGUACAGGCAAUUGCAAAACUUUCGACGAUGUUGCUGAUGGUUACUGUCGUGGUGAGGGCAUUGCAACGGUUAUCAUCAAGAGACUCGAGAAUGCACUUGCAGAUCACAAUCCCAUCCUUGGUGUGAUCAUUGGAGCGUACACCAAUCAUUCGGCAGAAUCUGAAUCUAUCACCAGGCCGCAUGUUGGUGCUCAACGCGCCAUCUUCAACAAGAUUCUGAAUGAAUCCAAUAUCGAUCCUUACUCCAUUAGCUACAUUGAGAUGCAUGGCACUGGCACGCAAGCAGGUGAUGCGGCAGAAAUGUCAAGCGUUCUGGACACGUUUGCUCCAUCGCCCAGCCAAUGCCAGCAAUCUAGAGCACGCAAAGAAAGGCUCUUUCUUGGUUCAGCUAAGGCAAACAUUGGCCAUGGCGAAGCUGCCUCUGGCGCGUCGGGCCUUAUCAAGGUCUUGAUGAUGAUGGAAAAGAACCAGGUCGUUCCGCACUGUGGAAUCAAGACCAAGAUUAACCACAAGUUUCCGACCGAUCUUGGGGAUCGUCGCGUUCACAUCGCUUCUGAGAUCACAGCGUGGGAGAAGAAAGGACCUGCGGCGCGACGUGUACUGGUCAACAACUUCUCAGCUGCUGGAGGCAACUCGGCGCUUCUGCUUGAAGAUGCACCACACGUACCAGAGAACGUCAACGUGGCCAUGGAUACUCGAAAAAUCUAUGCUGUCGCGGUAUCUGCCAAAACAGGUGCUUCUAUGCAGGGUAAUCUGAGGUCAUUGCUCGCACAUCUGAAGAAGAUGCCAAACGUUUCACUUGGCGAGCUUUCAUACACAUCUACAGCACGACGCAUACACCAUCCACACCGGGUAUUGCUUAUCGGUUCAUCUGUUGAGGAGAUCUAUCAACAAAAUGAGUCGGCAAUUGCUCAAGAAAUUGGCCUAACAAGACCCAAGGGAUCACCUAGAGUCGAAAGCACUAUCUUCCGAAACGAGUUGCGUCGUCUUGACUACAUAUCGGAAAAACUGGGAUUUCCGUCUGUGAUCCCUUUUAUCGAGUCUACGGAACAAGAUCCUACAACGUUUCAGCCCUCGGUUGUACAGCUCGCCAGUGUGUGUGUUCAAUUAGCCGUUGUCAAAUUAUGGGGCACUUGGGGCAUUCGUCCAUCUUUAGUUGUAGGACACAGUCUCGGCGAAUACGCGGCUCUCAAUACUGCAGGAGUACUCUCAGACGUCGAUACUAUCUUCCUUGUUGAAAUGAGGGCUAGGCUGCUCGAGGAAAAUUGUGUCUCUGGUACGCACGCCAUGCUGGUUGUCGACAGCCCAGUUGAAAAGAUCUCCACUGCUUUGCAAGAAAGAAAAUACGAAAUAGCAUGCAUCAAUUCGCCAACAGAAACGGUCCUUGCCGGACCUAACGAGGGGAUGCUCGAGCUGCAGGAAUUACUCAAGAACGCUGGAAUGAGAAGCACACUUCUCAAGGUGCCUUAUGCAUUCCACUCUUCACAAGUGGAUGCGAUUAUACCACAAUUCAAAGCUCGGGCACAGGAAGUGAAGUUUCUCGAACCCAAAAUACCAAUUAUCCGGCCUGUUGACUCUACCGUCUCAACUGCUGGUACAGUUUUCGAUGCUGAGUAUCUAGCAUGUCAUUCUCGCGAGCCUGUCAACAUGCUCGGGGCUUUGGUUGCAGCUCACAGUAAUGGCGCAAUCACCGACCGAUCUGUUUUUCUGGAGAUUGGUCCGCAUCCUGCUGUUUCAAAGAUGGUCAAAUGUACAUUGGGACCGUCUGCUUCUGCUGUCGCCUCGCUUCAACGUGGGGCUCGGCCAUGGGACGUGCUUACCAGAUCACUGAAGUCUCUCUAUGACAACGGAGCCAGUAUUAAUUGGGCGGCUUAUCAGCAAGACUUUCAGAGGUUUCACAGAGUUGUCUCAUUGCCAUCCUAUUCUUGGGAUCUGAAGCCGUACUGGAUCCAAUACGUCAACGACUGGUCUCUUCGCAAAGGUGACCUGCCAGCUCAAGGUUUACACACCGGCCCUAAGAUAAUGAGUACGACGAUUCAUUCAGUCGUAUCAGAGAGCGGAGACUCUAGGAGUACCAAAAUCGUGGUCGAGGCAGAUACCUCACGCAAAGAUCUUGCCCCACUGGUACAGGGACAUGAGGUAGACGGCAUACCUCUAUGCACACCCUCAGUCUAUGCCGACAUGGCUUUGACUCUCGGUACAUACCUGCUCAAGCGCUAUUUGCCAGAGCAAUCUCAACUGCUAGUCGACGUUCACGCUGAAGCAGACUGGAUUUCUAAAUCCGUGACUAUGAAGUUCAUGACCUUCAACAAUCACCAAAAACUCCAAGAACACUCUCGGUGCAUCGUACAUUACAGAGAUCGUUCUCUUCAGAAGAAACUGCAAGCCAAUUCAUCGGAAAUUCAGACGAAAAUAUCGGCACUCCGCACGGGUAUCGCUUCUGGCAAGACAGCCCGGUACAAUCGUGCAAUGGUGUAUCGCGCCAUCCGACCUUUAGCACGAUUCCACAAUGAUUACCGUGCUAUUGAUGAAAUAGUUCUCAACAGUGAUACGCUGGAAGCCUCCAGUAUACUGAGCUUCGGUAGCGUAAAGCGCGACGGCGAUUUCCAUACUCAUCCAGCUAUUAUCGAUUCGUUGACACAAGCGUGCGGUUUCACAAUGAACUGUAACGAUAACACCGACCUAGACGUUGAAAUUUUCAUGAAUCACGGAUGGGGUUCGUUGCAGCUCUUUGAGCCCAUAGAUUUUGAAAAGGUGUAUACAACGUAUAGUCGUAUGGAGUCAGGUCCGGACAAACUCUGGCGUGGCGACGCAAUCAUCUUCGAUGGCAACCGAAUCGUGGCGCAUUUCGGACAAAUUGCAAUUCAGGGUGUGCCCCGCAGAGUGCUCAAAGUCAUAUUGUCGCUCGAGAGCGGCAGGAAAACGCAGACUCGUACCACGGCAGCACAGCCAUCGAUCACCGAUCGAAGCCAGCCGGAAAUUCGCUCAGCCCAUCCAGACACCAAACAAAAACAAUCCCCAGUCAGGGCUGGACCAUCUCCUGUUGGUGUUGGGCUUCAGAUCAUCUCAGAGGAGUCUGAGGUUGCUAUCGACGCCUUCACGGACGAUACCGUUUUCUCAGAUAUGGGGGUAGAUUCUCUCCUUGGUCUUACCAUAUCGUCGCGCUUCCGGGAACAACUCGACAUCGAUCUCGACUUUAACGGCCUCUUCUUUGAGUACCCAACAGUGAAGGAUCUCAAGGCGUUUCUGAACACAUCUCUACCUGAUUCAGGUUACGGUAGCCCGGUCGUAGGCGGCAAUGAUGGGCUAGAGUCAGUCCACGAGGUUACGAACGCCUUGAAGAUCGAUUCUUCGGAUAACAGAUCGUCCUCGAGUCAUAAUUUUGCGCGAGCACUAGAGAUCAUUGCAGAAGAGAGUGGUGUCCAAGUAAGUGAGCUUGGUGACGACACCGAACUUGCUGAUUGUGGAGUCGAUUCGCUCUUAUCACUCAUCAUCACAAGUCGCUUUCGCAACGAGCUUGAUCUCGAGAUGGAGAGUGAAUCAUUGUUCUUAGAGAAUCCAACAGUGGGUGACCUGAAAAAAGCGUUGUUAGCAAAGUCGCCAAACAGCAUAACAGCGGAACCUGCUACUCAUGAAGUAGCAGAUAAGAUGGUGUUACAGCCUGGUGCUAACAAAGGGGAUGAUGGGAACGCAACCAACGCAAAUAAACCCGAAACUGGUCGCAUGCCCAAAACAACAAGCGCUGAAUCGCAUGCUGUACUCGAAACGAGAAAGCGAGCCGUGGAAGAUUUGGUCGAGGAAUUUGCAUCUGGACUCGCUGUACCAACAUCAGACGAAAACGCGCCGGAGACAGUCGACAGAGAGAAAGUCGUACUGGUGACCGGCGGGACUGGAAGCCUUGGAGGCCAUCUCGUGUACCACCUUGCUCAGCAGCCUGACGUUCGAACUGUCGUCUGUUUGAAUCGUAAGCAUCGCGAAUAUCCCAUGCAACGCCAAAUUCAGGCGAUGCGUGACAAAGGUAUCCGUUUCCCCGAUGAUCUGAAGCAUAAGUUGCUGGUUCUCCAGGCCGAUUCUGCCUCUCCACAGCUAGGCCUGGAACAAAGGCAGUAUGAUGAGCUCACCGCCUCUGUUACUCACCUUAUCCAUCAGGUUUGGCCAAUGAGUGCGACACGUGCGUUGUCAGGGUUCAAGGCGCAGUUCCAGGUCAUGCGCAAUUUGAUUGACUUUGCCUGUGAUGCCGCAUCGCGCCACCGUAAAGACUUCAAAUUCAGCUUCGAGAUGGUGUCCUCUAUUGGUGUAGUUGGCUUUUAUGACAAGGAAAAGAACGCAGCCAAGACUGUAGUGCCAGAGGCACGAGCGAACAUUGAUUCAGUCCUAACGAAUGGCUAUAGUGAAGCAAAGUGGGGAUGUGAACUUAUGCUCGAUCGCACGCUUCAUCUGUACCCUGACCGCUUCCGCGCUAUGACAGCCCGCCUGGGCCAAAUUGCGGGAUCAAAAACAAGCGGAUACUGGAACCCAAUGGAGCAUUUCGGCUUCUGGGUCAAGUCAUCAUGCACCCUGAACGCACUGCCAGAUGUCGAUGGCAAAUUGUAUUGGACACCUGUCAAUGACGUCGCAAGCGCACUUGCAGAUUUGGUACUUGCGAACAACAACCCACAUCCUAUUUACCACGUCGACAAUCCCCAGGGUCAGUCAUGGAAAGAAAUGAAUGGCUAUCUGCAAGCUGCGCUGAAGAUACCAAAUCUAAUACCAUUUCACCAAUGGCUAGAACGCGUACGCCAGACACCGCAAAAAGACAAUCCUGCGCUCUUGUUGUCUGACUUUUUGGAGUCAAAUUACCUGCGCAUGUCAUGUGGAGGAUUGGUCUUGGACGUCUCAAACACGCUCGAUCAUUCACCAUCCCUCAGGGAAGUAGGUCCAGUGUCUAACCAGGUUUUGAGAAAGUAUGUACAUAUUUGGAAAGAAAUUGGAUUUCUCCAUGCUACGGAAGACGAUCGGAAGAGUUUCGAGAAGGAGCGACUGGCACUUUGGGCUUAA